ACGUAUUUUCUCACUGAUUGGUAGGGUAAGCUGCGCAUUUGGCCAAUCACAGCGCGUCUGUUAUUGUUUUUCGCCUUGGCGGUUCUGUUCGGUCUUGUGAUUCGUCUAUUGUGCUCCCACAGUUCGCACCUUGCUGUAAUUGGAUUGGCUGACUAUUUCUCUUGUCUGUUUUCUGAUUGGUCAGCCUUGGUUCCCUGUCAGUCCGGGCCGGUGCGCGUUUAAGCCACCGGCCUGCACCGUUUCGGAGAGGAGCGAUACGCAGGAAACUGGGGGCCCCAACAUGGAAUUACCCCCUGGACGCGGCUCCUCCCCGCCGGGACCGCGGCCCAUACCCCCUCCCCGCAAGAGCUCUAUGGACCGCAGGACGCUUAGCCCUGUGAGGAGAGACGCAAAGGGGAGCGAGGCAGGUGACGUCAGCGGUGAGCAGAGGGCAUUGUGGGAGCGAGGGAGUGAUGUCAAUGGUAGCGGUGAUUCAGUGGUCAGGGGGGAAGUUCCUGGCACCCCUGAGAAAGCCGGCAGUGAUAAAGGCCACAGCAAGGAUGGGAGUGACACCCAGAGAGUUGUCAUAGUGAUGCAGAGCAGUGUCACAACAUCAGCAGACAAGCAGGACCUGUCAGCACAAUUGGAGGGCAGUGACACAACAACAAAAACAACAACAACAACACCCCAACACGAUGCCAGGAGUUGUGAUGUCCUUCAGCAGCACCUUCAUGAGGGACAAGGGAUUCUGCACCGAGAUGAACAAAUCAUCAUAACACAAGUAAGGGACAUCACUAGCGGACAGGGACCCUCAACCACAAAUGUGCCGGCACAACUGGAACCAGAGAACCAACCUGUUCUGCCUCAGAACAGCACCACCCAAGGGAUUCUGCUGCAGGAGAAUGUGAGCCGGCACACUCCAGCGCAGCAUAAAGUCAUCGACAUCGAUGGAAAGAUCAUUUGCCCCCAGGAUAGGGGACAUCGGUCGAUGGCACAAAAAGACAGCACAGUAGUACAGCAGGAUAGCGCAAGCCAAGUUAAAGUGCAACCAGAUAGGGAGGGCCGAGUGACUGUACAACAAGGGGAGGUGUUGGAACCGGAUCACGGGAGCCUUGUUGCUUCCCCACCACAAUUGAUUGUUCGAGGACAAGCACAGCAGAAAGACAAUACCGUGACACCACAACAAGGCAGUUCACAUAGUCAGAGUUGUGUGUCGCUGCCAGACGACGGCACAAGCCAAGCGACAGUGGCACAGCCGGUCAGUGCAAACCAAGCAGCAUCGCAGUUGGACAGUGCCGGUCCACAGGAUUCUGCCCGGGAACAGAAACAGGCAGUAAAUACUGAAAAUCAUGUAACUGUACAGCACAAAAUUGCCAUUGAGAAUAAGGUGACCGUUUGGCAGGCUGACGGGGCAGCAGAAAUACACGGGGCAGCUCAGAUACAAGAGACGAUGCAGAAGUGCGGUGAACAUCCCCGAGCAGACUUACCUCAGCAGGACAGCAUGGCAUCCAGUGAAAAGGCACAACAACCAACCAAUGUAAUUCUUCCACAGAACACCAUUAUGCAGUCUAAUGUCACACAAGCGCAGGAUAACGUCAUGAAAGGCAAUGUCACCAAACCUCAGGAGAGCACCAAUCCGAAGGAUGGAACGGUGGUUCAGGAUGGUGCCGUGACUUUUGUACAAAACCCCUCGUUGCAAAAAAACGAUCCAGCAGACCAACCUUCCACAUCUUUAGGACCUUCUCAUUCUUCACCUGGAACAGCCCCACUUGCUGCCCCUGAAGGGGCUGCACUUUCCCCUAUCCGUGUUAAUGACCUCUCAAGCCCUCAAAGGAACAUCUCUUCUAAACCCCCUCUCCCCAUCCCAAUUAGAUCAAAUUUGUACCCUGGCUCCCAGCUUCCGGGAUAUGAUCAGGAUUCUUCCCUCCGAAGUGAAACGGCCUCUUUGUCCAGCUACAGGAUGAAGGCUCCGGCUCCAGACACCCUCAGUUACUUGGACUCUGUUAGCCUGAUGUCUGGUACAUUGGAGUCGCUCACCCUCAUGGACGAUGCCAGCUCUUUGGGCUCUGAUUCCGAGAUCAACGGCAUGCCGUACCGCAAGACCGACAAAUAUGGAUUCCUGGGAGGAAAUCAGUUCAGCGGCAAUGGAGAAAACGCUCUAUCUGUGGAAAUCUCCCGACAGAGGGAGCUGAAGUGGCUGGACAUGUUUAGUCACUGGGAUAAAUGGCUGAGCCGUCGGUUCCAGAAGGUGAAGCUCCGUUGCAGGAAGGGAAUUCCAUCCUCUUUGCGUGCAAAAGCAUGGCAGCUUCUGUCUAACAGUGAAGAACUUUAUAGGAACAAUCCAGGGAAAUUUGAGGAGAUGGAGCGGCAGCCGGGAGACCCCAAGUGGCUGGACGUGAUUGAGAAGGAUCUUCACCGACAGUUUCCUUUUCAUGAGAUGUUUGCUGCUCGCGGUGGGCACGGACAGCAGGAUCUGUACCGUAUACUAAAAGCCUACACUGUGUACCGGCCGGAGGAAGGAUAUUGCCAGGCGCAGGCUCCGGUGGCAGCUGUUCUUCUCAUGCACAUGCCAGCUGAGCAAGCCUUCUGGUGCUUGGUUCAGAUCUGUGAUAAAUACUUACCAGGAUAUUACAGUGCUGGGUUGGAAGCGAUCCAAUUAGACGGGGAGAUUUUCUUCGCCCUCCUGCGGAAGGUGUGUCCCAUGGCUUACCGGCACCUGAGGAAGUUCAAGAUUGACCCCAUCCUUUACAUGACCGAGUGGUUUAUGUGCAUCUUCUCCCGCACCCUGCCAUGGGCAUCAGUGCUGCGUGUCUGGGAUAUGUUUUUCUGUGAAGGGAUUAAAAUUGUGUUCCGCGUGGGCCUAGUUUUACUGAAGCACACUCUGGGCUCCGUGGACAAGUUGCGGAGUUGUCAGGGGAUGUACGAGACCAUGGAAAAGCUUCGGAGCCUGCCGCCGCAGUACAUGCUGGAGGAUUUCCUGCUUCCUGAGGUCAGCUCCCUUCCUAUAACGGACGUGCUGAUUGAAAGAGAAAGCAAAACUCAGCUGCGGAAGUGGCGGGAGAAUCGAGGCGAGCUACAGUACCGCCCAUCACGCAGGUUACACGGAGCUCGUCAGAUCCAUGAAGAGAAAGUGAGGCUCAACCCAUCCCUCAGCGGCAGCCGUCUCAGCCUCUCCAGCCUCCGUCGCCCCUCACCACCCCCAACUACUGCUCUUCUACCUGAAUCUGUGGUGAUAUCUGAGGGGCUUCGUCCCGCCCUGCCUUCCCCGACCUCCAACAAAACCCCGCUGGUCCCUCCUAAAGAAAGUGGGAAGAAAGUGAAGGAGAAGCAACAAGAACAAGAGAAGAAAAGAGAGAAGGAGGAGAAGGAGCGCGAGCGGAAACGAGAGAAGGAGGAGAAGCAGAAGGAAAAAGAGAGGGAGAAGCUGCGAGAAAAAGAGGAGAAGCAGAGGGAGAAAGAGCACCGAGCUCAGAAGGAAAAGGUCGAGGGGAAGCAGAAAAGAGAGAGGAAGUUUUCUUUUCGGCGCAAAGACCCAUCCACCCCGGCAGCAGAUGCCCCCAAAAAGACUGGGAAAGGUGCAGAGGACAGUGCAGCAGGGGCAGGAGCCGUUCAUGACACAUACUUUUGAAGGACUCCUCCCCCAACCCUUUGACUUGGGGGCUUCACCCCUGUGUAAGCAGCAGAGCCUGGCGCUGGAUUGCAAACCAAGUCCUCACCAUAGAGUCUUACUGAGAGACUUUGUGCAUCCUGGACUUAUACAGCACUACUCCCAGCUCCCAUGGUAUCCAGAGGAGAGGCUUCCCUUAGGGCUGUACCAACAAGAGGGGGUAAAGGUGUGUGCGCUUUCACCACGCAUGGGAGGAGCUGAGCUAAGACUUGCCCCCUCCUCCCUCAAUUUAUCUGUUUAUGGAUACAGUGUGCAUAUAGGACAUAGGAGUUGUCCAAAAUACAUUUGUUUUAAUGUUAUGUUUUUAAAGCGGACCUGUCACCCAGACAUAAAAAGCUGUAUAGUAAAAGUCCUUUCCAAAUUA